CCACCCCCUCCUCCUCCUCCUCCAAUGGAUGACGACUUGCCGGCCCCUCCCCCCGAAUGCCAGAUCACACCUCUCGCCUCGGACGCCCCCCCACCGGCCUUCCCGGCCACCUCCACCCGCCGCCACUGUUGGGCACCCGCAGAGAACUAUGGCCAAGCAAACAAGCCUCGAUAAGCAGAUCGACUCUCUUACAAACAUGCUUUCAGAAAUGGAGUCGCGGGGGCCCUUCAACCCAAAGUUGCCGAACCAAUCCUCCAAUGCACCGUCACCCAAGCCAGCCGGGCCCCCACCAACAGCCCCCAAGCCAGCCCUCUCUUUCCUCCCCCCUCCCGAGAUGGGAGACCGUCCGCCUCCUGCGCCCUGGGCAGAGGAAUUGAAAGCCCGCACCAACCGACAGGGCAACCACAAUUCACCCCCACCACCGGUGGCCAAGUCCCCAUUUGGAGCAAGAAUAACCACCUCGUCUUCAUCACUGGCGAAAAAACUCAACCAGAACCUGAACCAGUCUCCUUAUUCGGGCGGCGGUCCGCCGAAAACGUCCCCCGCAACAGGCGCCAACACUUUCCCCGCAGUUCCAGCCUCUCCGCCUGCACCUGUUGCUUCUCCAAACAACAUGGCCGCCAAUCACGUGAAGAGUCCUCAGUACGUCAGUCAGAACCAAAACCCGCCCGCCGCCGUGCCUCCUCCCCAAACUAAGACCGUGGCUUCGCCUCCACCCUCCUCCUUCAAUCAGCCAAUGAAAUCUCCCCCAGCAGCCUCGCCAUCACCCCCUGGUCCGGCGUCAACCUCAGGAGGCGGCGUAGUGCUCAACAUGAAGGAAGUGGAGGAGCUGGAGCGAAUGACCAAGGACUUCAUUAAAAACAUGGAUGCUCACCCACCCGUCGGCCCCGCCCCUCUCACCGACGUUUGCGGCAAGUGUGGCGAGGCGCUGUCCCGCACGCAGCCGGCCGUGCGAGCCAUGGAGAAACUUUUCCACUCCAACUGCUUCUGUUGCGUUACAUGUCAUCGUCCCCUUCAGGGCAUGCAGUUCUACGACAGGGAUGGCGCCCCUGAGUGCGAGGAAUGCUACAUGAAUUCCCUGGCGGUGUGCUCCCGAUGCGGGGAGAGAAUCACGGACCGCGUGCUGAAGGCCGUCGGUCAGUGUUUCCAUUCGCACUGUUUCCGCUGCAGCACCUGCUCCUGCAUCCUGGAGGGGGCGCCCUUCAUCACCGACGACAACAACAACCCCUACUGCGUCCAGGAUUACCACAGGCGCUUCUCCCCGCUGUGUGUGAGCUGCAACGAGCCCAUUAUUCCAGCGCCGGGCAGCGAGGAGACGGUCAGAGUCGUCGCGCUUGACAAGAACUUCCAUCUCAAGUGUUACCGCUGCGAAGACUGCGCUCGCCCUCUCUCCAUAGAAGCGGAUGAGAACGGCUGCUACCCGCUGGAUGGUCGCAUCUUGUGUAUGAAGUGCCACGCCAAGCGAGCCAAUUAGACGGCGCAGUGAACCUGUAGCUGCCCCCCACCCCCACCCCAACCCUUCCCCACUCCCUGCCCCUUUUCCGCUUAAAUCUGAACCAAAUCCAAAAGCGCGGGUUCCUUUCAGCGCUCGGCCUUUGCGACACAGGGCUUUAUUCAGUGUUCCGUGUGAAUGUCCCACGUGAAACCAGGGUGCGUUUUUUUUGCAUGUUGUGCUGCGUCCUCUCGUCUUCGUUCGAUCCACUUUAGUGCAGAGGUAAUGUACUGCACCGCCGCAGAUCUCUUAAUGUCGAUUUUUAGCCUUCUCGUUGCCAUAUGUUUAUGCUACAAAAUGCUCCGCGUUAUCUUGCACAGACUGCUUGGAUCAAGAGAGCAGUCCCGUCCCGUUGGGAUCGCUCCAUCUGCUGCUGCUGCUGCUCUCGUGGCCUAUAAGGAUGAACGCGUACGGUCGGUUCUCUCAGCAGGAGCCUCCUGUUUGUUCGUUGCCACUUGAGUUUGGCUGCCGGCUGGGGACCUCAGCAAAUGCGGCCCUCCUCGAUAACACUUAAUUCACAAACCAGUUCAGAGCCACGUUCAUCUCUUGGACGCGUGCUGUGAGCCGAGCAAAGCUUGAGCAGCGCAGAUUCCGUUCCGGGGAUCUCAUCUUGUAGCUCAAAGUGUCACCAGCAUGCCUCCAAACAGGACCUGUUACGUGAUUAUUCCUGAAAUUUGUCUUGAUCGUUAAGCACACAAUUGUAGGCGCCGUCUUUCUGUUGCAUCGCAUGAGAGAACUUCUUUGCUUUAACUAACAUAAUAUAUGGACCUUUUUGAUUAUUAUUUUUUUAAAUUCCUACUUAAGUUUGAUGUCCUAUCAUUAGGAACUAGCUUUAAAACUUUUAAGGUAACACGUUUGAGCAUAGUGACCAAAUAUUUAGGCGCUGUUUUAUGGAAGCUUUUUAAAAAUUUUUUUUUUAUAAAUAUCACAUACUCAUUUUUGAGCCCCGUAUUUUGACCUUAAUCUCCUCUUAAGGUUACAUCCAUUAUCUUCCAUUAUUCACCAUUUCUGCUUCUGAAUUAUUUUUUUUAUCGUACUGUAUUUCUUGACAAAGUGUAUGUCCUCACUCCUAGCUCGGCGUUUGUGCCUUCAUCACAAUGGACGCCGGGUAACAACCAUCGACAUUCAUUCCUCACCGAAUCCGGUGCGGGAAAACAUGACAAGUUAGUGACUUCGCGUUGCAUGCUCGCUGCGUACUGUAGGUGCCGGUAUUCCUCAAGUAUUAUUAGAUGGGCUUCUGCACCGACAGUUUUAAAUGCCUUUGCGUGCUCAAAUACUUCUGACGAUGCCUAUGUUUAUCCUCUGUGAUGUUGCCUUGUCCUUUUUGUAUCCCUUUUUUAUACAAGCAACUGUUUGAUAUGUAUGAAUUUAUGUGUCAAAGAAACAUUUACCCCCCCGCCCCCGUUCAAAAGAAUAAAUGAAUAAAACGUUGGA